UAAGACUGAUAUUUAUAAAAAAAGUAAAAGAAUGAAACGCAUAACAGUAUUUGAAAAGGGUAAAAGUGAUGGUGGAAAAACAUUAUUGAUAAAAGAUACCGAUACAAAUUUUAAUAAAUUGCUAGAACGUAUAUGUAUUAAAUUAAAAAUUGAAUCAAAUCCAAAUGUUACAUUAUAUACGAAAUUUGAUGGUGAAAUAGAUGAUUUAUCAUUGAUAAGAGACGAUGAUGUAUUGUAUGCAUUAAAUAAAACAAAUAAAAUCGAAGAACCAAAACAAGAAUCAACACAAGAAGAUGACUUAAAACAUUGUAAGUGUUGUAAGUACAACACAAUAAAUACAAAUUGGAUUAAAUUAAAUGUUGGUGGUAAAUAUUUUACAACAACACGAAGUACAUUAUGUGAACGUGAACCAAACAGUAUGCUGGCUAGAAUGUUUAAUUCACAAUUAAAAGCAAGUGAAUUAGAUUCAACUGGUUCAUAUUUAAUUGAUCGUAGUCCGACAUACUUUGAAAUCAUAUUAAAUUAUCUUCGGAAUGGUGUUAUUAUAUACAAUAACAAAACCCAGGAUGAUUUAAAUGGAAUAUUGAUUGAAUGUAAAUAUUAUAAUAUUGAAACAAUGAUACCACAAAUUGAAGAAUUAAUUUAUAAAAAUAAUGAACAACAAUUAUUAAACGAACAAAUUAAUAAAAAUGAACCAACAAAUAUUGUAUUAACACGUUAUGAUGUUAUUAAAACAUUAAUAAAUACAUCGUAUAUAACAGAGUUACGCUUUCAAGGUGUUCACUUAACUGGUGCUAAUUUAUCGAAAUUAGAUUUACGUAAUAUUAAUUUUAAAUAUUCAAUAUUAACACAUUGUAUAUUUAAUGGUGCUAAUUUAUCAUUUUGUUGUUUUGAACGAGCUGAUUUAUCGAAUUCGAAUUUAGAAAAUGUACAAUUAUUAGGUGUUAAAGCAUUAUGUGCUAAUUUUGAAAAUUGUAAUUUAAAAAAUAGUAAUUUUGAAGAUCCAACUGGUAUACGUGCAAAUUUAGAAGGAUGUAAUUUAAAAAAUGCCAUUUUAGAAGGUAGUAAUAUGGGUGGCGUAAAUUUACGUGUUGCUACAUUAAAACGUGCUAAUUUAAAAAAUUGUGAUUUACGUUCAGCUGUAUUAGCUGGUGCUGAUUUAGAAUGGUGUGACUUAUCUGGUAGUGAUUUACAAGAAGCUAAUUUACGUGGUGCUAAUUUAAAGAAUGCUGCAUUUGAAUUAAUGCUAACACCAUUACAUAUGUCACAAACAAUUAGAUAAAUAAGAAACUUAAAAGUAUUAAUUAUAAUUAAAUUGUUCAUUGUAUAAUAUCUUUUCUAAUAAAUUAAUUAAUUUAUUUAUAAUAUGAUAACGUUGUUGUUGUUUAUUAUUGUUAUUAUUAUU